GUUUAACAGAUUUUUGUAUGUUUUAUUUUGGGCAAGCAAAAACAUUCAGCGGGAAAUGCCUGAAAUAAAUUAAUGAACGAAAAUGACAGAAUUAGAAGGAUCGGAAUCCCGGGAAAAGCCCUUAGACGUUCCUGAGGCUCUAUUUAAGGAUGUGAAAUACUAUGUUGUUGGCGAUAUUGCAAAAGAGGUUUUGGAACUCCUGAAUGCUGGUGGAGCAAAACAAGACACCUAUCUGAGUGAGAUGGUCAGUCAUGUGAUUUCUGAUGACCCAUCACAAGAUGAAUAUUCAGAAGCCAAGGAAUUAUUUGAUCUACCUGUGGUCAGGUCCAGCUGGGUUUACCUGUCCAUAAAAUGCAAGAAACAGCUACCUAUUCCAGUAUUUUCUCCAGCAGACCUUCUAUUCUCCGGAGUUGUAGCAUGCUCAUCUCAGCUUGAUGCAGAAGACAGUUUGCAUAUAUGGGGAAUGAUAACUUACAAUGGAGGGAAAUGUCAGCAGAAACUGGACAGUAAAUGUACACACCUAAUAACUUCAGUUACAGAAGGAGCAAAAUAUGAAGCAGCUUUGAAACAUGCAGAAAAGGUUAACAUAGUUACACCAGACUGGGUAACAGAUAGCCUCCAGAAAGAGGCCAAAGUGGAUGAAUCUGUAUAUCAUCCACGACUUAUUGUAUAUCCUGAACCUGAGCCUCCCACACCCCCAACACCGCCUGCAACCCCUCCCCAGGAGAAAAUUCCUACUCCACCUUUGCCACAGCCUAUGGAUACAAGUGAACCACAGACAAUGCCAAUUCUAGAUAGAUCAAAUGUUGGUUUACCAAGGCCAAACUUCACAGACUUUCCAGAGAAAGUACAGAAAGGUCGUGUUCGUCCUGACAAAUCUCCAAGACGCUCACCAGGCCACCAGGAUUCUGCAGGACGGAACAUGUCAAAACAGGGUGUUGGUGUUGGUAGUAGGAGUGGUCACAUCCCCGUGCCUAGGAUGCCAUCCAUGCCCCCUUACCCUCUCCCACCACAGUUACAACAGUUUCAGCAAGGUGGUGCUCCACACCUAUCUCAACAGGACUUUCUGUCUCACAUGAGGACACUACGUAAUAUCACAAACAAUGAGAUGAGGCAGGCUAGACCGCCUCCACCUACAAACAAGGUCAGUCAGAUGUUAGGUUUGAACAUGCAGGUUCCUCAUCGACAGCCCCCACCAAGGUACACGCCUCCAUCUCCUCAAAAGAUGGGUACCCAACAGCUACAACAGUCACCUUACUGGGGACAUGAACCUUCUGAUAAUGUUCCAGCAGAUAUGUGUCUUCUUGGUUGUGUUUUCUUCAUCACAGAUUAUCAAAAGAUUCUUGGACAGGAACAAAUUGACAACUGGAAAAAGGUGAUAGAACAGCAUGGUGGACAGGUAGACACAUCAUAUUCCAACAGGAUUACACAUAUAUUGGCAGCCAAUCAACACAGUGAUGUAUUCCACCUGGCAUUAAGAGAUCAGAGAAGAGUUGUAACUGCUUACUGGCUGAAUGAUGUAUUAGUAAAGAAAAAGAUGAUGCCUCCAUGGCAAGCUCUUCACUUACCUCUGAUAUACGGGGAAAACAAACCUUGUAGCAAUCAGGUUCUGUGUAUGACUAAUUUUGAAGGAGAGGAGAGAAUCAGAAUUAAACAGAUGAUAAAUGCUAUAGGUGCAAGAUACACAGGUCACAUGACCCAUGGAAAUACAGCGCUUAUCUGCAGAAAACCAGAGGGAGAAAAGUAUGAAAAGGCAAAGGAAUGGAAGUUAGCAGUAGUGAAUGUCCAUUGGUUGACUGACCUGGUACUUGGACACCUGGAUGCCCUUAAGUUACCAGUUCAACCAAAGUACUUACAGCUAUAUCCUGAUCCCUUCCAGAUGGAUAUGUCAUUGGUCCAUCAUCUAAUGGUCGGAUGGAGAUCUCCACUGAAAAUACAGAGAGAAACUUGGAAGAAAUUUUUACCACAGCAGAAGUUUAGAUCAGCACCUGCUCCAGGUCAGGAAAACAAUGUAGAGAACACAGAACCUCCAGCAAAGAAGAAAAAACAGGAGAAUGAAGAAAUAAGUAUUCAGAUAACAAAUGCUAAUGGUCCUAGAGUUUUGUUCACUGGUUUUAUGAAAGGACUGGCCAAGAAGUUGCAGGCAAAUGUUAUUCAGCUAGGUGGCAUGGUCACAGAAAAUCCCAAACAAUGUACACAUGUUGUAGCUCCAGCUAUCUCACGAACAAUGAAAUUUUUCAUAGCUGUCAAUGUAUGUAAAUAUGUGGUCACCAAAGAAUGGUUAGAAGAUAGUAUGGCCAAGAAUAGGUUUGCAGAUCCAAAUAUGUACGCCCUUCGAGACAUUAAAGCUGAGACAGAGAUGCAGUGUAACUUACAGGAUUCAAUCUCCAGAGCUCAAGCAAAACCAUUGUUUCAGGAUGUGACCAUAUAUGCUACACCAAGUUUAGUACCACCCAUAUCAGAUCUAACCAAAAUUGUUGCGACAGCUGGAGGUACAGUUGUCAAACGGCUGCCAUCCAUAUCUUUACUACAGGAAAAAGAUGAUCAGGGAAAUCCAACCCACAUUGUAGUUACCUGUGAAGAUGAUGUUCCUAUGUUGAGGAAUGUUAUUGCAAAGAAAAUUACAAUCCACAAUGCAGAGUUUGUGCUGACUGGUGUAAUGAGACAGACAUUGGACUUUAAAGCUUUUGUGAUAGAUGUGCAUUAAUGUGAAUUACAUGUAUGUUCCUAACAAUCAGACAUUCUAGUCUUCCAAAGCAGCAUGUAUAUAACAUUUUAUAUAUUGUAUCAAAUAUCAGAAAAAAGAAGAAUACUCGUAUAUUUUGAUACAGGGUGGUGAGGAUGUUGAUACCAUUCUACACAGUAGGAAGUUGAGGACUAUUCCAUUACUAAAUGCAAGGGGACAUGAGCAGCACUUUUUUUUACUCCAAAAACCCUCAUAUAAUAUUUUCAUUUUACCUAUGAAUCUUAAAUACAAAAUUCUAAGGGAAAUGCAACCAACCACAAAUAAUUAAUUUGAGUUCCUCCAACUAUAACAAAAUUUUGGCAGGAUAAGAAAGAAAGUUCUUAUUAUAUCUCUUUGUAUUUACUCGAUUGCAGGUCUUAUUUUGACUACUGGUAUGACUAAUUACUUCUCAUGCUCAUUGUUAAUUUACAGGACUGGGCUAUGCAAACAUCAAUUUUUCAAUAAUUUAUAUUUUAGCUUUUAUUAAAUCAUUGACAAAAACAACAGAUUUGAUUAACAACUAAAAUUUAAACAUCGUUCAGUGGUAAUUGACAUUUUUACAUCACAAUUCAAUUUUUUUUAGGGCAAAGUCCAUGAUACUCACAAUACUGUAAUCACUAGCCAGUCAACACUGAGGUUGUGAGUUCGAACCCACUCGUGCGGGUGCACUUGACUCUAAUCUUAAUUGACUAGGAUUGUCAGUUUUCCUAUUGAAGGUCGGUGGUUUUCUCCAGGCACUCGAGCUUCCUCCACCAAUAAAAACUGGCCGCCACGAAAUAGCCCAAAAGCGGUGCUUAAAAGUGGCGUUAAAAACACAAAAGAUAAAAAAAUCAAAUGAUACUCACAAACAUCCUCAAAAACCAAUAAAUGAUCUGUUGUGUUGGUAUUGCCAAAAAUAUCAAACUAUACUACCAUUUCAAAUUUAUUGCAAACCAAAUGAAACAUUUCCUCAGAAUCAUCUCCUCUUGGUCAAGGUAUUUAAACUUUUGUCAGUUCUAUUGUCCCAUUGAAUAAAUACAAUAGCUAUUGUUCUCUGUGUAGUUUAUUCACUGGUACAUUUGGGACCUUUAAAUUUCUUCUAAGAGAAAUCCAUCACUCAUUGAUUAAUUUACCUGAGUAAAAAAAUAUCUUCUAAGUGGAUGAAAAUACAUGUAUCAACUCUCUAAACUGCAUGUGAUGUUGUAUUUAUUCAAUAUCAAUAAUAUAUUUUCAAUAUGUUCAAUGUAAACACUUGAUUCAAACAUAAAAAGUUGAUUUCUAACAAAAGUUUCAACAUUGUUCAUAUUGAAAUUUUUUUGUGUGUGUUUGACAAAUAAAAACUGGAAAAUGACGAUGCUUAAAUUAAGGCCUUCUUAUAUGUAUUUUUUAACUAAACAAAAACAAAAAAAAAAAGCAAAUUUCAAUAAGAACAGAAAUUAACUUGUUAUGAUUAAAUCAGUGUUUUAUCUUUAUGUUUAUAUACAAAGAGGAGAUGACUCUGUGGAAAUGUUUCAAUUGGUUCACAAUAAAAAAAAAGUUGAGUUAUGUCCCUCUAACUGUUUUCUAUUUUUGAAGUAUAGCACAUUUUUAAGAGUACAUUUCUUUUAAGUCUCAAAUUAAGUUUAAUAAAAAAAAAUAUAUUUUGUCAGAAAUUUAGACAGGUCUGAUUUUUUUUUUUUUUUUGGUAUUAAAAUAGUACAUUUUAAUCUAGACCCAUGCUAAUGUAUGAAUAUAUGAAGAUUGUUUGCUAUUUUAUCAUAACAAGGCUUAAUUUUGUUUUUGAAAAUUUUUGAAUUUUAUUCAUACAUUUAUUAUUGCAAAUCUUCAACAGGUGAUAGUUGUAUGAAAUACAUUAUUAUAUAUAUGAAUGUGAUUCUUUUACCUUUUUCAGUGGUAGGAUUUUUUUUUAUUAAGUUUGUUCUCUUAUAUGUUUGCAGUAAUCAAAACAUGGCCUUGAUUUCUGAAUUUACAAAAUGCAAAAAAUUAUUGUUCAUCCAAUCCUCAAAAGAGAGCUUCAUAGUUAAUAUUUCAUUUACCAAAACAAUGUAAAUUUGUUUUAAAAACGUUGGGAUUUGUAUAAAAGGAGUUACUCAUCAUUUAACUUUUUCUUUUUCAUAUUAAAUUUCUUUCUGUGAUGUAAAAUAUGAAGGCUUCAUAGUUGUCUUUCAUUUGAUAUGUAUGAUUUUUAAGUGUACAUGUGUUGAUUUUUAGAUUAUGUUAAAGAUUUUGAUUUUUUCUACUCUUGCAUGAGAAGUAAGUGUAUAUUGAUAUAGUUGUUUUGCAAGAAAGAUCCAUAAAAUUGAUGCAUUUUUGUUGGUUUAUUUCAAGGUUGUAUUAUGUAUUGUAUAUUAUUUUCUUGACAAAUCAAAACCUAUCAUUUAGGCCAUAUCAAAAUUAAUCUAAAUACUUCAUUUCACCUUUCUAUGUGUUAUUUACAACAUGAUAGAUAAAAGGACCAAAAAAUAAAAUCAAUAUUCACAAUGUAAAAAUCAGUUAUUUGAGAUUUUCUUUUAAACUUCAUACCAUAAGUAUAUUUUUGAAGAAUGAUUAUUUACACAUCUGGCAAAUUAUAGUGAUCAGUGUCUUAAUUUUUAAGUUAUUUUCUUCACAUUGCCUCAAUUUUGAAUAUAUACAUUUCAUAAAGUCCUUGAUAGUGAAUUGUGGGCUCAAAAAAAUUAUUUGGCAAACAUGCAAAAUAUUUAUUAUCCAGUGUAAACCUCAUGAUUUAUUUUUCCGGCCAUAAAAUGCAUUUUAUUUAUUCAUUGUUCCCAAUUGGAGAGGAAUCAGCUGCAGUUGUGUUCAUUAGAAAAAAGGGAAAUAAAUAACUCAGCCGUGCAGUAUUUUAUAGGUAGAAUAUCUUCUUUAUUAGCCCUGGUAUCUUCCUAAAACACUCUUAUCAGACUGACAGCUCUGAGGAAUUAAUCUAGGGGUCUUGGGUAUGAAAAACAGCAUGGAAUAAUCUACUUAUCACAAAUAAAAUCCAGUGGAGAUGCUGUUUGGGCAUGCCUUAAAAAAAUAUACAGGAAAGCAUAUUAUGGAUAUCCGACAAAAACAGAUAUGAUUUUAAAUGUUGAAUGAUUAAUAUGACAUGUACGAAGAGUGUUUUACGAUAUCAAAAUUGAAGAUUUAAAAAAAAAAGAUAAUUGAAUUGUGAUGCAAAAUUAGUGUACCCAAAUUAAUUUGAUGAGUCUAUACUCAUUCACACAUUUAAUUUAAUUUGAUGUGUCGUACCUUUUAUUUGUUAUCAUUGGUGCUUCAAAACCAAACAUUUGAAUUCAGCAAAACAAUGUCAAACACAGUAUUGCAUAAUAACUGUCUCAGCUAUUAACUCGUCAUUUGUCCUUAGACCAAAAUAUUUAAUCUCAAAGUUAAUUCAUAUGAGAUAUUUGCUCUGUCCGAGUAUUGGUUAGUGAAUUUUUUAUCACUCUCUUGUAUAUUUUAUAUAUAUGUAUAUGUAUAAUGAAUACAGUUUUAUAAAUUACUUGAAUACAAGAAUAUGUGUUAGUGCUAUUUUGUGUUUACAUGUUCUUUUCAGAGAUAAAGAAAACUAUCCUGUCUUUU